GUUUUCCAGAUAUAAACAAAACAUAAAAAAAUUGUGAAGUAGACAAAAAUCAGUUAACUUUCUAAAGAUAAUCAAGAAGAAUAAUAAAUAGAAAACUAAACAUCUCAUAUUCAGCAAAAUAUCGGAGAAAAGUCGCACAAAUGCCUUCUUUGGCCACCGCAUCGAUCACCUCAUUUAAGCUUGCACGCUUAAGCCGCCCACUGCGUUUCAACGAUCCCACAUUUCGUGAGCAACCCGAAUGCUAUUCCAUACGCCCAUCGCUCGUCGACUACGUACGCCAAGAACUGCAGGAUCUCUCACGACGCCUCUUCUAUCAGCGUGUUUUUAUAUUCGCCAAAAACAAUUUAGAUGUACAACCGUCGGCAGCAUUAUUGGCACGUCAAGCUGCGCCAGCAACAACUACAACAACAACACAUGGCGGUUCAUUGCGUUCGGGAAGACGAUCGGUGGUAUCUAGCUCAUCGGGACGACGUGGUACGCUGGAUUUCAAAACCAUGUUACAAAUGGAAUUACAACACAUCUUGACGACGGACGCUGAAGCUAGUAUUUCCGGUGAUAGACCAACGGGUAUAUUCUUGUACAUGGGGGACUACUCGAUUUUGUUCUUCGAGUGCGUGGAAGAUAAUGUCGGUAGCAUGUGCAAACAUUUGAGCCAAUUGGCGGAUACAUAUUUUUUAGCGAAUAAGAUAUUUCUCACCGAAGAUCGCACUGGAGAGACCUAUUUCAACAGCUUCUAUUGCCGGCAUGCAUCACCGAUUAAUAUCAAUGAAAAAUUCCCCACACACACAAUCAACGACCCUGAAUUGAUGGGUCAACAACACUUGACGAUUAAGAAUAAAUUGAGCGAGCUUUGCGCAACACUUUCACUGGAAAUACAACGAGAAAUGGAAACUACGUUGCAUAGUACGGUGAGUUCCACGAAAGGCACAUUCACUUUGUGGAAACCCAAUUUAGAUUUCGGUGAGUCUUUGUCGCCGCUCAUUUAUAAUAAACUUCUGCCCGAAGUGCAACGCAUCGAUCUUGUACUCAAUUGCAAUCGAUUCUAUUGUAAUCUGCAACGUCGUGCCGGCAUGUAUAAUCGUAUACCAGCGGAGUUGGAUGAUAAAGUUAACUCUUGGCCCUUGCCAUAUAAUUAUACUCCAGUCGGAGUGUUCGGUCAUUCGCCGUACGAUGUUAAUUUGACCUUCUCCGAUUAUGGCCAAAAAGAGGAAAAGGCGGAGGAGACGGGUAGUGGUUCGGAGGGUAGUGGGGAGAAGGCCGAAAAAGGCGUGUAACAAGUUGAGAGAAGAAGAGUGAGGAGCAUCAGGAGAAAAUGAAAUUAUUCGUAUUAUAAAUAUAUAAAUAUAUAUUUCAUGAAAAAUAAUUGAAAUA